AUGCUGUACAGCGGCUCCCCUGCCUUCGGGCCUGCCCAGGCUGGCAGCCUGAAGGUCUGUUGGAGUUGCCACGUGGGUGUGCCCUGUGGGGAUCCUGUUGGUGGAGCAGCAGCAGCAGCAACAACAACAACAACAGCAGGAGCAACAGCAACAGCAACAGCAUCAUGGAGAGCUGUAUCUGCAGACUUUGCUGCUGAUGGUUCUUUGCUGCUGCUUGCUGCAGUUGGUGGUGUUGAUGGGACCUCAGGGAAGCUGCUGGUAGUAGACCUUAAGACCGCAUGCGUGUCCCGGGUGUACGAUUGCCCCGAAGGUGGCGUCUCUUGCGCACUCUUUGUUGCCUUGUCAACAGCAGAAUGUCUUAUUGGAGGUGCUGAAGCAGAUGCUUGUGUGCGUCAGUGGGACUUGAACAGCAACACACUCGUUUGCGCCUAUCCUUUGCCUGCCCCUCUAAUAGGAUGUGACGGUUUAACUGCCCAUCCUCGUCAACGUCUCUUUCUUGCUAGCUGCAGCAACGGGAUGGUCUUGCUGUUUGAUUUAAAGCAGACGCAGCCUUUGGCUUGCAUGCACUGCAGCAACCCUCGACCAGCGAUUGCCUUUGACUUUGAAGGUCUUGUCUUUGCUGUUGCUCGUUCUUCUACUCACGUCCAUCUUGUUAAUAGCGAGCUUACAGAUCUGCAGGAAUUUUCUGCCUUCGACCUGUCCGAUUCUCUGGGGCCCGGUACCUCUAUUGUUAUGGCUCGUUUAAGUGGCGCAUCAGGGGGCAACGCUCCCUGUGUUGUUAAUUGCUGCCCCACAUUCUCUGUCAACAGUUUGCUGCUCUUUUGGUCUCGGGGUAAUUUUAUUACUGUCUUUAAAGUUCCCUCCCCUGCAGACACCAACGCCAAGAAGCAGCAGCAACAGCAGCAGGAUGAGCAGCAAGGGGGGCAGUUGGAGGAAGCAGAUCUGCUCGUUGCAAGACAUCGGGGACAUGCAGAACCUGUCGUCAUCGUCAAGGCAUCUCCUGCACACAGUCUUCUCCUCACAGUUGCUGGGGGAGUUGUGGCCCUGUGGCAACCGAUGUCGCAGGUAUAG